AUGCUGCUCUGUAGUCGGUGUGGUCUCGAAGGACGACUGUCGCGUCUUGAGGAGGCUGGGUACAGAGUCGACGAGUUUGGAGACACUUCAAUGUAUUUCCAUGUCAUAGCGUCUACACCCAUCAGAAUUCUUCAAGGGACCGAAGCGGAACCGAUCGCUUUACAGAAAUCGACUCAGAGAGUGACGGGGAUGAGAUGGAGGGCGAUAAUUAGGAUGGAGCCCCAUUUUAUUCUUAGCGGAUAUUGUACCUUCGAGAAAAUCAUUGAUUUCUCUAUGUCUGCCGACUUAAAGUAUUGUCGCAAUCAGCAUUGGGAGUAUAACGUUAGCUUAAAUGCUCUCUCCGUGGCAGGCUCAUCUGUGGGGAUGUUUGAGGUAUCGGGUGGCCACUAUCCUAUCGUCCCACUUAGCGCCGCAAACAGGGUUUUCAAAACCGACCAAGCACAAGCUGCGCUCGACACCUUAGCUAUUCAUAUCACCCGGUCACGUGCCAAUAUGGAAUCAACGCAGCAUAGAGUUUCUCGGAUCCAGUCUCUUCCACUUGAGAUUCUUGAGAACAUCUGUGGCUUCUUAGUACCUCAGCUGGAAGACCGAGAAACGUCUGGCUCCACUCCCGAGCCACAACAACCCCUGUUGAUCAACCUAUCUAAUAUCUGUAGGUACGCACCACUACAUUACAAUGAAUAUUGUCUCCCGAUGAUACCCUUCAGAAGGAAUUGCGAAUCAAUCAGAUUAACCUGCAGAACCUUCUCCGGACUCCAAACUCCUUCUGUCGCGCUUUUCUACGACUUCAACAUAUUCGCUACCCAGCGAAGCAUCACCAACCUUGAGCUGCUGUCGCAACACCCUCUUCUUCGAAACUGUGUCCGGCGGCUAAUCUUCUGUCGCCCUUCUUUUCAGCCAUGGCUAGCUGAACCGUCCAAGCAUAAGGAAUACAUACGGCUGCCGAAGUUUGAGAAAGCCACGAAAGAACGCAUAACUGCAAGCCUAGAAGCGUACAGGGCAGCCUUGAAAGAGCAGGAGAGACUUUUUGAAGAUGGAACAUAUCUGGAGAGGACUGGAAGGUGUCUCGCUUGUUUCCCGAAGCUCUACAGCGUCUUCAUCUCUCAUUCGGUUCCCAAGGCUCUAAACUUUGAUGCUGAAUUCAAUGGGUCUUGCCCAUACUUGUUGCUAAGGCAGCAUCCUGAUAUUCUGGUUAGCCCAAGAUUACUAGAGGGGGAUAAUCCCGCUAUGCUAUUCGAAGAGCUAGAGUCCGCGGAUCGCCAUGUUGCCAUCGUCUUCCAAGCGUUGGCGGCUGCGAAUACCCAGCUUGACGAACUUGUCACUUGGAAUGAGUGGGCACCUAGCUGGGAAUUUUCGUGGAACUCCGUUCCUGAAUGGCCCCAGAGCCCUGAUCUUUCCAAGUUGACUCUCCUCGAUAUCAGUUUGCGGGAUAGAAUCGUCGUACCUGGUGGUCUAGAUUGGUCUGCCGUCAUCCGCCCCUUGCUAGAGAAAAUGCCUGGUCUCGUUAGGUUGUUUCUUCGGUUUGUGAGCAGAUACAACGAGCAUCCAAUACUUGAUGGUAUUUGGGACUUGCAUUUCCCAGCGCUUGUUGUACUUUCAGUAGACGGGUUCAUGUUUUCAGGCAUGGCAUUAUCCAAGUUCCUCCGUCAACACCACCUUCUUCAUGAGUUAGCUCUCCACGAAGUAAAAACAACGGAUGGCAGCCGGAGAAGUAUUUUUGAGAGCAUGCGGGAGCAUCCCUGCUUAAGAGACAUUCGGAUCGCCCGUAUUGACGGAAAUAUAAAGAGCGGUGUCGAAACUUGCAAUAGAGAGGAGCAAGAUUUGGAACUUUGGGAUGGUAACUGCUUGGAGCUCUAUGACUACAUCCAUUAUGGAGCGGAUUGGACACCUACUUUGGGUGGAGUGCGAGGCGGUGCUUUCGUUAUACCAGCUUCGCAUGUUUUGGAGUCCAGUUCUGGUACCCUUAAGACGGUUGAAUCAGUCCCGUUUUCAGUCCUUCAACUCCAGUGUAGAGACCAACACGAACAUAGACAUACAGCGGCGUCUACCUGUGGCUUCCGCUUUUUUCUGCGCCCCGGACAUUGCAGCUGA